AUAUUGAACGUUUCGGAACUCACAGGUCCUUCUUCAGCGAUUUUUGAAGAUGUAACAAAGUCAUAGAGAUGAAUAAUCUUACGGUCAAAGCGACAUAGUGUGAUACAAUUGUUUCGAAGAAUUGAUUCUCCUGUAUUUAUGUGAAUUGUAUAAUAAAAUGUGUUAAAAUAGGAGCAUCUUUACAUAUCGUCUGAUAUUGUUGAGCAAGGCCCAUAAGGAAUUAGCAUUCUAGUAGAAUAUAUAGAAGUUUGUGGUGCUGCCGCCACCAGCCGCCACUGUCGGUGCUGAUUGACUGUUCGGAAAACGGCGGAGUCAUUUGGAGUCAUUUUGAGUUUCUUACCGAACUGUGAUUAUUUUGGACAGCCGAAACGAUGUCGGCGAGAUAUGAUAGAGCGAUCACGGUUUUUUCACCAGACGGACAUCUACUCCAGGUGGAAUACGCUCAGGAGGCAGUCAAGAAAGGCUCGACGGCGGUUGGUGUACGCGGUGCAGAUGUAGUAGUCUUAGGUGUCGAGAAGAAAUCUGUCGCUAAAUUACAAGAGGAACGUACAGUACGCAAAAUAUGUCUAUUGGACGAUCAUGUAAUUAUGGCCUUUGCAGGUUUGACUGCUGAUGCAAGAGUAUUGAUCAAUCGUGCGCAAGUUGAAUGUCAGAGUCAUAAAUUAACUGUAGAAGAUCCUGUUACCUUGGAAUAUAUUACAAGGUAUAUUGCAGGCUUAAAACAGAAAUAUACACAGAGUAACGGCCGUAGACCUUUUGGAAUAUCCUGUCUCCUAGCUGGAUUUGAUUAUGACGGUGUCCCACACCUUUAUCAAACAGAGCCAUCAGGGAUAUAUUAUGAAUGGAAGGCAAAUGCAACAGGUCGCAGUGCAAAAACUGUGCACGAAUUCCUAGAGAAGUAUUAUACCCCGGAAGAGGUAUCGACAGAAAAGGGUUGUAUAAAAUUAGCCAUCAGAGCGCUUCUUGAAGUAGUUCAAUCUGGACAAAAAAAUCUGGAAAUAGCAGUAAUGCGACGUGGACAGCCAUUAGAGAUGUUGGACACAGACACCAUAGGCGAAUAUGUAACAGAAAUUGAAAGAGAAAAGGAAGCAGAGGCAGAAAAGAAGAAACAGAAAAAGUGAUGUCUCGUGUUCUAUUAUGCACUUUCAUUAUACUACUAUUAAUUAAUUUUUCUUAUAAAAUAAAUAUAUUGGAAGAAAA